GGCAAAUUUUUGUUUUUCUAGGGUUCUUGGCCAUGGCGACGCCGCUCCAGCGGAUUGUGAAUGGCGCUCCACCCGCUGCUUGGGAGAAAUGCUGGGCGGAGAGGUUGACGCCGUGGGAUUUGGGAGGAGUUACACCAUUAAUCCAGCAUCUUGUCUCGCAGGACCAAUUGCCCCAAGGAAGAUGCUUGGUUCCAGGCUGUGGAUCGGGAUAUGAUGUUCUUGCAUUAGCAAGCCCUUCUCGGCAUGUUGUAGGCCUUGAUAUUUCCGAGACUGCUCUUGAACGAGCCAAAGAGUUGGCAUCAAAAAAUACGACCACCCAGAAGUACGUGGAAUUUAAAGCGGUCGAUUUCUUUAGCUACAGUGAGCCGAAACCAUUCGACCUCAUCUUCGACUACACAUUUUUUUGUGCGCUGGAGCCAUCUUUGAGACCAGCUUGGGCGAAGAAGAUGGCUGAGCUCUUAGCGCGGGACGGCGAGCUUUUAACUCUCAUGUAUCCGGUUGGAGAUCACGAAGGCGGUCCGCCUUAUGCAGCGUCGCCCAAAGCCUACGAAGCUGUUCUUCAUCCAUGCGGUUUGCAUGCUUUAUACUUAGAGGACAACAAGUUUAGCAUUGGUGCACGAAAGGGACGAGAGAUUCUUGGCAGAUGGAAGAAAACAACACCAAGGAUUUGACUUGUGCAUCAACACCAAGGUUUGACACCGAAGUUUUCCUGGAGCAUAAAACAAGCCCGUGUUACUGGACUGGACUGGACCGGACAGUCCCAGCAACAAAAUAUUAUACUAUACAGGCAGAGAGGUUUUCCAGC